UAAAUUUAAAAAGCGAAAGGGCCACUGGAUCCUGGGAUUGACCUUGGACGGACGAUGGAGGGGUAUGGUUAUGAGCACUUUGGUGCAGAUGCAGCGAGCGAGAGCCAGCCGGUGGAUUAUCGAAGAAUCGUAGGAGACACUCAGCCACUACAUACCGAAGUUUCAUCCAGGGAAGGGCAACAUUAUGUCCGGCAAACCUCACAUGGACAUGAAACCGCAGCCCAACGAUACAGCGCCACACGCAUCCAGGCUGGUCUAGGCCCAGAGAGCAUGGCGGAUUACUUAAUCAGCGGUGGUACAGGCUAUGUCCCUGAAGAUGGACUCUCAGCUCAGCAGCUCUUCUCGAUUGGAGAUGGCCUAACAUACAACAGAUCUGACCAACAGUGCGUUGGCUCCGAUGGUCAUACGGCUGAAGAGCUAUGCUCUAAAGGAGAUGGGUUGACUUACAAUGACUUCCUGAUAUUACCUGGCUUCAUCGACUUUACCUCAGACGAAGUGGACUUGACAUCAGCGCUGACCAGAAAGAUCACAUUGAAGACCCCUCUCAUCUCCUCCCCCAUGGAUACUGUCACAGAGUCGGCAAUGGCAAUUGCUAUGGCUCUGAUGGGAGGCAUUGGUAUUAUUCACCACAACUGCACACCAGAAUUCCAAGCCAAUGAGGUCCGAAAGGUCAAGGUUCUGAGGUUUGAGCAGGGUUUUAUCACAGACCCAGUUGUGAUGAGUCCGCGCCAGACAGUUGGGGAUGUGUUUGAGGCCAAAGUAAGACAUGGCUUCUCUGGUAUUCCUGUCACAGAGACAGGCAAAAUGGGCAGCAAACUGGUGGGCAUCGUCACCUCUCGAGAUAUUGACUUCCUUUCUGAGAAAGACCGUGGCAAACCUCUUGAGGAGGCUAUGACAAAGAGGGAGGAGUUGGUAGUGGCUCCAGCCGGUGUUACACUGAAAGAAGCCAAUGAUAUUCUGCAGCGCAGUAAAAAAGGUAAGCUUCCCAUUGUAAACAAUAACGACGAGCUCGUGGCCAUUAUUGCCAGGACGGAUCUGAAGAAGAACAGAGACUACCCGCUGGCCUCCAAAGACUCACGCAAACAGCUGCUGUGUGGCGCCGCCAUCGGCACCAGGGAGGAUGACAAAUACAGACUGGACCUGCUGGUGCAGGCUGGAGUGGAUGUUGUUGUAUUGGACUCUUCACAAGGCAACUCGGUGUAUCAAAUCAACAUGAUAAAUUAUAUUAAACACAAGCAUCCAGAAUUGCAGGUGGUGGGAGGAAAUGUGGUUACAGCCGCCCAGGCCAAGAAUCUGAUUGAUGCUGGGGUCGAUGCUCUGAGAGUCGGCAUGGGCUGCGGCUCCAUCUGCAUCACUCAGGAAGUCAUGGCAUGUGGGCGGCCCCAGGGGACCUCUGUGUACAAGGUAGCAGAGUACGCCAGGCGAUUCGGUGUGCCAGUCAUCGCUGAUGGCGGCAUUCAGACUGUGGGCCAUGUGGUGAAGGCUCUGUCUCUUGGAGCAUCGACUGUUAUGAUGGGCUCGUUGCUAGCGGCAACCACUGAGGCUCCAGGGGAGUACUUCUUCUCAGAUGGUGUGCGGCUGAAAAAGUACCGUGGUAUGGGCUCCCUAGACGCUAUGGAGAAGAGCACCAGCAGCCAGAAACGCUAUUUUAGUGAGGGCGACAAUGUGAAGGUAGCCCAGGGUGUGUCAGGCUCGGUCCAGGACAAGGGUUCCAUCCACAAGUUUGUACCUUACCUGAUAGCUGGUAUCCAGCAUGGCUGCCAGGACAUCGGGGCAAAGAGUCUUUCUGUUCUCCGUUCCAUGAUGUACUCUGGAGAGCUGAAGUUUGAAAAAAGGACCAUGUCUGCACAAGUGGAGGGAGGAGUUCAUGGACUACACUCUUACGAGAAGCGGCUUUACUGAGCGGGGGGGAUGCAGUGCAGAUCAUCGUUGCACGUGAAACACCCAAUCUAACAGUGACCAAAUGUUAAGUCGCCACUUCUGCUAAAAUACGCACCACCCACUACACCCUUUUGCCCCAUCCUCUGUUGUAUCCACCGUUACUCUCUCUCCGAUCCCAGCCAGCUGCUUUUGGGAGGAAAGAAGCAGGUAGCGAAGUGAGGAUCUCCAAACUGACAGCCGACUCUCUGAACACCUGGGAUUUCACACUCAAGAAGUGGCACAUCAGGGAUUUCGGAAUGACGUACGCACCUGUAUCUUCAGUAUGCAGCCGAUCCCAAUUUAGCGUGUGGCUUGAGAGUAGUGGGAGAGUGAACUGCGUGCCUGGUUGGUGAAUUAAGGGUAGUGUGUGUGUCCAUUCUGUGAUUAUAGUUUAAAAUUUGUCUUGGGGCAAGUAAGUGAUGGUACAGUGUGUUAAUAUUAGUGAAUCUAAAAUAGCCAUGGUGCAGAUCACAUCAGCAUCUUAUCUGGCUUUUUUAGGAUCCACACCUACCAGCCCACUCCCUGUCUCAAGUCUCUUACAUCCCAGCGCUUAAACACACUAGUAUGUACAAAAAAACAAACAAGACAAAACACUUGUCUCUUUAUGUACAGUGGGUCUGUGUUUCAUGGCAAUCUUACCUUAUUUUUUGUCUAUCACAGCUAUACGCUACUUAACGAACAGUAGCUGCUAAGAUUUCAACGCAUAGUGUUUACUUCCUGUAUUGUGGAUCCCGAGGUACGAGAUAUUGGUCGUGACAGUUAUCCUUUCGACUCUGUCUGCUCCAGUGUCCCCUUCAAUCAGUAGACGGAACCCAGACCCUUAGUCUUUAAUACUGUGAACAUUAAUUUUCCCUUCAAUAUCUAGACAAAUAAUCAGUAUCCCAUCUUAGUGCAGUGGGUUCAUAUGUUGAGCAUGGAAGGGACCAAAAGCUGAAGAUCAGGAAUGUUUGAAAGAAGAAGAAAAAACGUAUCAAAUCAAUCAUACAUUUUUCUUAAUAAGGACGAAUGACUAUUUCUCUAACCUUAAUUUGAAUACUUUUAGAUAAAAAAAACAACAACUUUAUAUCAAACCUGUAUUGUCUAGGGGGGGCUUUGAAUUGAGCAUGAAGUGUUUUUGAUAUGAAUGGUUUUUUUUUUCACUAAGCCAAACAUGGAUGUAUUUAUAUUCUUCUUUUAUUGUAAUUGCAUACAUACUGCCAAGCGUCUUUACAUUUUCUCUGUCCCUUUUCUUUUGUAAUUUCGAAACCAAAAUUGGCGUAAGAAGUCACCUGUUACCUUUGUUAGUUGUUCAUUCCUGUAUUCUCAGUGUGGCAUAGGUUCUCUGUUACCAUAGGUGUAUUUUAGUUCGGAUUUAUUUGUUUCUUUUUUACCCGAGAUAUGCCUUGAAAUGGGGAUGAAUAAAUGCUGUUCGACAGCUCAGUGCAAAAGCAUAAA